UUCCCUCUAUUUUCUGACGCGUCCUGGGCUGACUGACAAGUUUCGGAACGUAAAAAUAAUAAUAAUAAAAAUAUUAUAUCUCACGCACCUAUUCUCACCGUCUUCUUUUUUUCCUUCUGUUUGAGAAAAGUUUGAACGUCAACUGAUUUCUUCCCAUUUUGUAUAUUGUUUUGAACCGGAAAAAUGACGGCUUUCAUGUGGGUUUGUUCGCAAUCCCCGCAAACAAUGGCGGCGAUAACAGCAAAGAAAUGUGGAAGCGUAAGGAGUCUCAUGGAUAGAAAUGGUGGUGAAUGUAAUGGGUUUCCGUCGUUUCUUCCGAAAGAGGUGCAAAAUAUUAAAGACCCAUUUGCACGAAACCUGGCUCAGAGGAUUGAGAGGCUUCCCGUGAAGUGGCAGUUUGGAGAUUCUAGUAGUUAUACUAUGAGCAGUUGUGUGAAACCACUCAAAAGAAGGGAGACCAAUCCAGUAGUUCUUCUCCACUGUUUUGACAGUUCUUGUUUGGAAUGGAGAUGCGCACACCCAUUGCUUGAGGAGGUUGGUUUGGAGACGUGGGCUGUAGAUGUUCUGGGAUGGGGUUUCUCCGAUUUAGAAAGGCUUCCACCAUGUGAUGUGGCAUCCAAGCGUAAUCACCUUUAUCAGUUCUGGAACUCCUACAUCAAGAGGCCAAUGGUAUUAGUUGGACCAAGCCUUGGUGCUGCUGUUGCAAUUGACUUUGCAGUCAAUUAUCCAGAAGCUGUCAAAAAGUUGGUCUUGAUUAACGCAAGCGUCUAUGCAGAGGGCACUGGUAACCUAGCAAAAUUGCCGAAGAUGGUAGCCUACGCUGGGGUGUCUUUCUUGAAAAGCAUGCCACUGCGCUUUUAUGCAAACAUACUAGCCUUCAAUGGCAUUUCUUUAGCUACAACCUUAGAUUGGACUAAUGUUGGCCGAUUACACUGUCUACUGCCUUGGUGGAAAGAUGCAACAGUCAGUUUUAUGAGAAGUGGGGGUUAUAAUGUUGCUGGCCAAAUUAAACAGGUGAAGCACAAAGCACUUAUCAUUUGCGGCGAGAAUGAUCAAAUUAUCAGCUACAAGCAAACAAUGAGGUUACAUUGCGAGCUUUCAGAUUCGAAAAUGAGACUAAUACCGGAAAGUGGCCAUCUUCCUCAUGUCGAGAAACCCGUCUCAGUUGCGCAGUUGAUUGAAGAGUUUGCUCGAGAUGAUAAUGCUGACAGGCCCAUUGCAAAAUUUUCAGGACUUGAGAUCCCUGCCGAGGCAUAUUCUACUUCUACUCCUUAAUGGUUAAUUGUACAUUCGUUUUAGAACUUGAUUUUGUUGCUUAUGCCUUGCAUAUAUAGAAAUAAGGGUGUACAGUAAUAGACUUGUUUCAGAUAUCCAUAGACUAAAAAAAUUGUGUAAGGUAGCAAAACUUACUAGCACAGGGUGUACCGUGUACAAGCUUCCCACAAUUUAACAGUGAAGAUUUUGAUCUCCACCUAAAAAACGACACUUAAUUUAUCAUCUUAAUAGUU